UCGAAUCGAACUCGCCUAAACCUCGGUUGACCGCCGCCGCGCCAUGGCCCUCCACGCCACCCGCCGCGCCGCCGCUCUCCUCCGCCCCGCAGCCGCGCCGCUCCUCCGGCCCACUCCCGCCUCAGCAGCGCGCUUCUCCUCCAAGGCGGAGUACAAGGCCUUCGUCGCCUGCCUCCGCGACAUAUCGGCUUCCGCCCAGGCCGACAAGAACUACUCCGGCGACUCCGUCCGCGACAAGGUCGACUCCGUGCGCGCCGCCACCCACGACGGAGAGAUCCUCCGCGUCAUCGACAACGUCAUACGCUCCCAGCACCGCGGCCUGGUUGAGGAGAAUUCGAGUGACUUCCCUUUUGAAAUCAGCGAAAAGGCGGGGCUUACUGAGCUUACUCUCACAAGAAGUUUAAAGGGUGAGAAGAUUGAGGUCUUGGUUUCCAUGCCCAAACUUGACCAGGAUGGGAAGGGCGACGAGGGUCUGCUGUCAUCUUCGAAGGAGAAUCAGGAAUGUGAAGGCAAUACACCCCCAGAAAAAUACAGCCUACCUGUCAGGGUCACCGUCUCCAAGGGUGAUGGCUCAGGCCUGGUAUUCACCUGCACUGCUAAUCCUGAUGAUAUCGUCAUUGAGAGCUUGUCCAUGAGGCGGAAGUCACUAGGGGCUGACGAAGGCGAUGCAGUCACAUACGAUGAGGGCCCUGAUUUCCAUGAGCUGGAUAAGAACCUGCAGGAGACGUUCCAUAAGUAUCUGGAGCUGCGUGGUAUCACGCCUACGGCCACAAAGCUGUUGCACGAGUACAUGAUCAGCAAGGACAGGCGCGUCUUGCCGAAGACAGCAAGCAAGGACAAGCGGAAUAAUCUGGUGUUUCUGACGAAGCUGUGCAGUUUUCUCAAGAAAGAUUGAUGCUAUCCUCUGCAUAAGAUGAACUCCGAGUAUCAUCUUGUAGACUAGCGUGGUGGUACACAUGCUUACGUGCCUGCUAAUUUAAUAUCCUAUUUUGUAGCUAUGUAUUUAGUGGCAGUAAGAUGGUAGCAGUACCGAUUAAUAGUUGAAACUAUUUUAGGGUACCUUGCUCACUAUUUGACCUGCUCCUGUUGUGCCUCUGUGCUCACUAUGUAAAGAUCGGAACGUGUAGGUUACUUCGAAGCUAACCCUUGUGCUUAUAGUUAUCACU